AUGUUUUCGCAGCCCACCCAGGUGGAGGACACCCUGUCUGGGGAGGAGGGUAACGAAGAGGAAGAGGAGGAGGAGGCAGCUCCAGACCCAGCUGCUGCUCCUGAGGAUCCCAUGGUGCCCCAGCUGACAGAAGCCAGCCAAGUUUUGAGUGCCUCAGAUAUUAGGCAGCUCAGCUUUCACUUCCCACCAAGAGUCACCGGCCAUCCCUGGAGUCUGGUCUUCUGCACGUCGAGGGACGGUUUCAGCCUGCAGAGCCUGUACCGGCAGAUGGAGGGCUGCAGCGGGCCAGUGCUGCUGGCGCUCAGGGACCAGGACGGGCAGAUAUUUGGAGCCUUCUCCUCCUCGGCUAUCCAACUCAGCAAAGGCUUCUAUGGUACUGGCGAGACAUUCCUCUUCUCCUUCUCACCACAGCUGAAGGUCUUUAAGUGGACUGGAAGCAACUCUUUCUUUGUGAAGGGAGACUUGGAUUUACUGAUGAUGGGCAGUGGCAGUGGCCGGUUUGGGCUGUGGUUGGAUGGAGACUUGUUUCACGGGGGAAGCUCCCCUUGCGCAACCUUCAACAACGAGGUGCUGGCCCGGCGGGAACAGUUCUGUGUCCAGGAGCUGGAGGUCUGGCUUCUCAGCUGAUGGCCCUGCGGCAACAGGUACUCAGCCCUGCUCACGAUGCCACCCAGGCCUUCCUGACACACGGCAGCCCGUGCUGUUCGAAACACAGAUGCUGAAGGGCCCUAGAGUUGGCUGAGGCUGCUGGCCAGCCUCCUUGUGGCCUGGGGACCCAAGAUACGGGUGGGGGCAGGCACUGCUCUUUUGCAAAGGUGACUCUGAAGGAUUAAAAGAUGCUUACACCUUACCCAAGCAGCACUGAGACCCUAAGCUAACAGGAUCUUAGAAAACUAAGAAAAAUCCACAUCCCUUCCCAUGCUAGUGCCUGCCUCCUGGCAAAGGGAAGAUUUUUCACUAUGCUGUUCCCCACCAGCUACUGAACGAGGAAAACCAACCUCAUGAACAUUAUCAUUUUAGAGGUUCUACAACGAAUUCAUGUUUAUAGUAGAAAAACUAGAAGGCAUUAAAAAAAUGAAAAUUGCCUAAAAUUCA